CUCUCCCUCCUGCCCUCCUGCUUGCUUGCCUCUUAGAUUUGUCCUUCCCUCUUUCAUCCAUCAUUAUUUUUUCCCCAAUCUAUUUGUAGGUUGUAUAUUCUAUACAAGCUCUCUCUAUCACUCUCACAUACACAACACACUCAAUAUCUCAUUUUCUUUCUCCUGCCCCCACCCCCUCUUUCCAUUAUUUCGACUCUCAUUCAUUCACCUGUCUGUCUUCUAGCUCUCUCUCUUUUUUUCCACAGUUUUUUUUUCAUUCACUCCUCCUCCUAUAAUACAUCCCUCUCCAUCACUCCCUCCCCUCCUCCCAUUGUCAAUCUCCCUGCCUAUCACACAUCAGUAUUCGGUUGAACAUGUAAAUAUCAUGCCACGUGGGGCUCAGGGUUACAGGUGCCAUAUGAAAAAGAAUCAGCCAAAAUUCACCUCUUUUACACCCUAACGCACACAUCCCAUCAGAAGCCCCCACCCACCCCCUCUCUCUUCUUUCUCCUCGGGGCGGGCAGGGAGGGCUGCAGCAGUUUUAUGAACGGCACGGCUGCAUCAUGAUCCCUCUCCUCUCUCUGAACCGGCUCCGAGCUGUUUCAUUGACAAACAUUCCGGUUGCUGCAUUUGUGUCACGGAGCGCGUCGAACCACGGAGCAGCACCGGGGGAGCGGCGCAGAGCGGCAGCAGCUGCAGUGAGCAGCAACAACAAGCUCCAGUGUCGUUCAAACCAACGUCCGUAAGCUGUUGAUUCGCCGCUUGGACCCGGGACUAGAUCCAUCUGCAGGCAGCUCCCCUCUUCCGGGACAGCCUGAAGAAUCACCUGAGGGGGGAAGCAGACAGCUUUUGCAACUCAGAACCCUUUGGGGGGGGUACAUGAGGCGGCGUCGUUAAGGCUCGCACUCUGGCACAUUACUGGAUUUGUUUAACGACUUCCUUGAAGCACCUGGACGCACUGGUGAUGGAGGAUUCUGGACGGCUUUUAAAAUCACUGAUAUCUGCGAGACUGCAGCGGACGGUGUGUGAUGCGAACUGAGCCGUGGGUGGCGUAGACCUCCACCCCGUUACCCCCUAACGCCUUAUCCGCGACCCCCACUUACUCUCCAACCGGGACGCACAGCCUUGCUUCGCUCCACCGUGGGAACAUGUCCCGGGCAGCGGCGAUCGCCAGCUCCCUGAUCCGCCAGAAGCGGCAGGCGAGGGAGCGCGAGAAGGCGAACGCGUGCCGCGGCGGCGGCAGCCCGAGCAACAGCAAAGGCACCAACGAGAAGCCGAGCAAGCUGAACGUGUUCUCGCGUGUCAAAUUGUUUGGAUCAAGGAAGAAACGGAAGAGAAGGCGACCUCCAGAGCCCCAGUUGAAGGGCAUUGUGACCAGGCUCUCCAGUCGACAGGGCUUCCAGCUGCAGAUGCAGCCUGAUGGCACCAUUGAUGGGACCAAGGAUGAAGAUAGCACAUAUGCUGUGUUCAACCUGAUCCCAGUGGGGCUUCGUGUGGUGGCCAUCCAGGGCGUCCAGACCAAACUGUAUCUGGCGAUGAACAACGAAGGCUUUCUCUACACCUCUGAACACUUUACCCCAGAGUGUAAGUUCAAGGAGUCGGUGUUUGAGAACUACUACGUCACCUACUCCUCCAUGCUGUACCGGCAGCAGGCCUCAGGUCGGGCCUGGUACCUCGGACUCAACAAGGAGGGCGGGAUCAUGAAGGGGAACCACGUCAAGAAGAACAAGGCAGCAGCACACUUCAUACCCAAACCGCUCAAAGUGGCCAUGUAUAGGGAGCCGUCUCUCCAUGACCUGACAGAACUCUCAAGGUCAGGCAGUGGCACACCAACCAAGAGCCGCAGCGCGUCGGCUAUACUUAACGGAGGAGGGAAAUCGCCCAGCACCAAUGACUUAUCCUAGCCCCUAACAACUCACACGCACACUCACACAUACACCUACACACUCACACACACAUGCACACUUACAGAUCUCAGGCCGACAUGCCCACACAUCAAGCUGGUGAGGGGCAAGAGGAGGAGGAAGCGAGGACAGGAAUGUGUUCUUCCACUUCACGGAGCCCACUGUGACUGACUGUGAUGUAAAUAAAUCAAGGACAAUCAAUCGACCUGGCACUGCCGCUCUGGUCUGCAGAGGGACAGGACCUGCAGAACUCUUCCCUCGACUCCUCUUCCUGCUGUAUAAUAACCAGAGAGAACAAGGGAGCGAGGUCUUACAAAACAGCGUGAUAGAUAGAGUCAGUCAGUCAGUCACAUAAGUGCGAUAAACAGACUGUUACAGAGAACCAAAGAGUACAAGUAUUAACUAAGUUACUGCUGAGGCAGGAGGCAGGAGAGAUAGACAGCGACAAAGGAAGGAAAGAAGUCCUUAUCUAAUCUACCGUAUGCUAUGUUUACACAGAGCUCAUGGGGUUAAGUCAUAAUUUUUAAAAAUGACAAACGUAUCCUUGUACACUUACAAGGACUGAUCAUUUGUUUGCAUGCAGGUGCGCCUGUGUGAGAGCGUGUGUGUGUGUUGUGUGUUGUGUGUGUGGGCAAACCAGAGCGAGUGUGCGCGCACGCAUGUGUCCGG